CUCAACAAAAGGACAGUUUUCUUUGCCUUCUUCUUUCCACUCCCCACAAAACAAACCCCCUCGUUCCUUCUGCCCUUCCUUAAUUUAUGUCGCCUUAAUUUCCUCCUCCUCUCACACUCUAUACAUGUCACCCUUGCUCCUUCACACCUCUGCUUGUUAAUACUCUCUCUCUCUCUCUCUCUCUCUCUCUCUCUCUCUCUCCAGACCUAGCUAUAUAUAUAUAUAUUUAACAUCUCUCUCACUAGCUAGCUGUGAAGAAAAAUGGGCAACUGUUUGGUUCUCUCCAAGGAGGACAAAGUGCUGAGGGUUUUGAAGACAGAUGGGAAGGUUUUAGAAUUCAGGGCACCAACCCUAGUUAAGGACAUUUUAUCGAACUUUUCAGGCGUCGGUAUUAGUUUAUCAAAGCAAGCUUCGGAGCAGCUUUCUCCUGAUUGCAAACUAAAGCUCGGGAAGGUUUACUAUAUGAUUCCCCUUCCGGGUUCUGCAGAAAAUGAUAGUGCUGCUACAAGAAGGAUUAAGAUCGUCGUAACAAAGCAACAGCUUGAAGAGCUACUGACUAAGCAAAUAUCAGUGCAGGAGGCACUUUCAGCAUCAGGACCUGAAAAGAAAGCUUCUUCUUCUUGUGUUGAUUCUUCAAAAAUUUGGAAACCGAAGCUCAAAUCCAUUCCCGAAGAAAUCGAGUAAAGUAAUUAGGGUUACGUUUCGGCGUAUAAGCUUCGUAAUCUAUGGCUGAUCAUACACACUUUUGAGAUCAUACACACUUUUGAGUCAACAUCGUUUUAGCUUUUCAUCAGUCUAGCCUUUCUUGUAAAACACAUAACGAAUGAAUGGCCAAUAAUAUUUUCUAGUCAUGCAGCAUGAUCUUUU